AUGAAUUCAAAAAACGAAAAGUCGGCAGAGCAUUUCACUUCCGAGGAUAUGGAUUGUCAGGUGUCCAGUAUACAGCCUGUCAAAGCCGCCCUCGCCAAAGCAAAGAAAAGGUCUCAAAGGAACGCGCCCUCCUUCAGAGGCUUGGAAGAAAAGACUUACAACCUUUUUUCUACCGACCAUGUCAAGCACUGUUGGCACAGCAUUACUUCAGCCAAAUACAUUGAGUUCUAUCCCCCUGAGGAUUGGGACCCAUUUCCGAAUUACACAGACGGAAGAGGCCCACUCACAGCCAACAAAGGUCGCAAGACGGUGGAUGUCCAGUUCCUUGACGAAUACUUCUUGAUUCUCAAGAUUCAUCGUGACUUUGUGUUUUCAACUCAGUCAAGAGAGAUACCGAAAGAGGCUCCGGAAUUCUUUACAUACUAUGGCAUUGCAGAAGGCUACACACCCCCAGUUGAUAAGAGGGAAGAGAUAGCUAAGCGAUGUCGCUCAGCAUCUCCUCAGUGA